CAUGAGAUGAGAACACUGCUAUGUCCACGAGAUGGACAUUUGACAUUUUGGCAGACUAUUGUGGCGAGAUAUUGCAACUAAUAAGUCGAAAGGUUAUUACAUAGUUAGAAAGCUCCAAGCUCUAAACCUGAGACAGAGAAAUGAAAGACGGUCUUUCACACGGCUAGUUCGCGUUUGAUGGAUACCAACCGUACGUGUAAUUCAAUGGGAGUGUUCAUUUGAAUCUAACUUCAAAUACAGUGUAUUGAACGUGAAUCGCGCGAUGUAAUCACAAAUCGUCAUGUAAAAGAGGUCUAAGCGUACAACUAGAACUGAGUUUAAAUAAGGUAGAAUUUUCUACAUUUUUUAUCACAGGUGGCGUAACCAUUUGUUUGGCAAAACCAGAAUUAAAUAAAUCGCCAUAUUGAAUUUUAGUCGAGCCCCCUGAUAGUAUGUGAUUACAUUAUUUCACUAUUCCGGUCAAUAUCGAUGCGAACUUCUAACGAACGCUUUCUUAACGUUGUUGGUGAAAGUAAUUAUGGAAAUAAAAGUAAAUGAGGAAGAAUUAUUGCGUGAAAUGGAAAUGAACGAGAUUACAAUGAAUUCGAACAACGAGAAAGUAAGAAAACUAGACGACGAAAAAGGCUGUGAUAGCACCUUAUCCAGUUCGAUGGAAAAUAAUAGAACUGAUUCCUUAAAAAUUCCUAAUGAGACCAGUAGUACCGACAUAGUUUUUAAAAAACCGACUGUUACUGGACUCGAACGUUCUCGAUUAGAAGGUAAACAUUUGAAAACGUGCCCUGUCUUUUCGAUUGGAAACCCAGAAAGCUUGGUUAUAGUGGAAAAAUCUCAAGAACAUUUUAAGGAUUCACCGUUUCCUUACAUGGAACCUCCUUGGAGUGGAAAAGCAGAAAAAGAUUACAAAAUGGAGGUAUUAAAAUCUGGCGUCAUUAUAGACACAAUUUCGCUCACGAAACAAAGUUUUUAUGUCAUUGGACGCCUACCAUCGUGUCACAUAUCGUUAGCUCAUCCAACAAUUUCUCGGCAUCAUGCUGUCUUACAGUACAGAUCGAUAGAAGAUCGUGAACACUCUAAAGGCCUUUAUGUAUAUGACCUAGGAAGUACUCAUGGUACUUUUUGGAAUGGAAGUCGUAUUAAACCUAAUAUUUAUGUACGGCUGCGAGGUGGUCAUAUGCUCAGAUUUGGAUGUAGUCAGAGAAAAUUCAUAUUACAAGCUCCAUUGGAUGAUCAAGAAGAGGAAUCUCUGUACACAAUAUCAGAAUUGAAGCAAAUGCGAGCAUCGAAGCUAGAAAAACCUGGCAACCAAGAUGAUGAAUCAUUUAAUGAAAACAAAGAGACCGAUGGUAUUGACUGGGGUAUGAGAGAGGAUGCUAAUGAAGAAACAGAUUUGCAAGAGAAUCCUUAUGCCUGCAUUGGCGACGAGGAGUUAGUUUUGGAAGACCCUAAAAAGACCUUAAGAGGUUGGUUCGAGAGAGAAGGAUAUGAUCUACAGUACAAAACAGAAGAAAGAGGACCUGGUCAAUUUUUAUGUUGGGUAGAACUACCCAUGGAAGAUAUUGUAGGUCACUCUUUGAAAGCAGAAGCUCUUGUCAAGGGCAAAAAAAAAGAAGCUGUAGUGAAAUGUGCGCUAGAAGCUUGUAAAAUAUUGGACAAAUAUGGAUUACUAAGACAAUCGCAUCAUGAAGCAAAAAAACGGAAAACAAGAAACUGGGAAGCCGAAGAUUACUAUGAUUCGGACGAGGACAAUUUUUUAGAUAGGACAGGAUCGAUAGAAAGAAAACGUGAACAAAGAAUGCGGCUGGCUGGCAAAUUGGAAGAAAAAGUGGAAACAUACAAUUCCUUGCUUGAAAAGUAUGGGAAAAUUCUAAAACGGAUUUCGCAUCUGACAGAUUCGAUUAAAAAUUGGCAAUAUGAAACUAAUAUGAGGGCAGAAACAUCGGAAGAAGACGCCUUGGAUGCUUUUAUGUUAAAUUUAAGUUCGUCCGCUUUGUCUAAAAACGACAUUGUCAAGAUGAAACUGGAACUACUGACUCUUCGUAAAGAAGAAGCGAGCGUAAUGAAAUUAUUAGAUUUGACACGACCAGCAAAUUUACCGGCACUUGUUCAACAAAGUAUAACAACAAAUUCAACAACUGAUCGAGAUAAAAUAAUUAUGAAUACUAUACAAGACAUAUCAAAAGCAAGUAAAAUCCAACGUUACAUGCUUGAACUUAGAAAGGGAAAACUUAAUAAUCGUCGGUCAAACGGAAACGUCGCUGGAUUAAUAUCAUAUACAUCUGCUAAGGAUAGCAUGGAAGAGGAAUCUGAAGAAGAAUCGGAUCCUGAAGAUGCAAACAAAGAUGAAUUGCUUUCAAAUUCGUCUCCUCGCAUAAACAAAAACGUUUGUGAACUACGACACUCUUGCACAUCUAAUGCAGAUACCGUUGCUACUACCACUACUACUACUACUACUACUACUACUACUACUACUAGUAGUAGUACCACUACUAGUACUGCUACUGCUACUAUUACUAUUCCUACCACCACCGAUGCUGACAAUACUGAUACUAUCACUACAGUCGAUGCUAAUGAUAUUACUUCCACAAUCAGCAUAAAUAGGUCUAACCGAGAAAAAAAACGUCGGAAAAUAGUAUCUUGUGAUCAAGAUAUUUAUGCCGACAAUUAUUCUAUGUGGAUUCCUCCACAAGGACAAGAAGGGGAUGGAAAAACGAGUCUUAACGACAAAUAUGGUUACUAAAUUUAUGUUACACAUAACGUGAUUUCAAUCAAUUACAUUUCGAUGUAUUAUACUGUAAAUACAUUCGUUUGUUUGUGUGUUUAUUAAAUUAAAAAAAUAAUCUGAGAAUUUAUCUAUAGCAUAUUAUAGCAUAAUAGAUAGGUGAAAAAUCAUG